AUGGAAGCAAUCGAGAAAGCAACCGAUAAGAUUAAAAUUGCUCUUUCUCUCUCUUUCAUACACACACAUCGCCUAACAAUUCUCCUCUUUCCAGUGGUUACUUACAACGUUCUAGCACAGGGUUUACUUACGAGGGUAAGUACAAUGUCAACUCCUGCUAGAAAGAGGCUUAUGAGGGAUUUCAAGAGGUUACAACAAGACCCUCCUGCAGGCAUUAGUGGAGCACCCCAAGACAAUAAUAUAAUGCUGUGGAAUGCUGUAAUAUUUGGCCCGGAUGACAGUCCAUGGGAUGGAGGUACGUUUAAAUUGGCUCUACAAUAUUCAGAGGAUUAUCCUAAUAAGGCACCAACUGUGAGAUUUGUUUCUCGUAUGUUCCACCCAAAUAUUUAUGCUGAUGGAAGUAUUUGUUUGGACAUCUUGCAAAAUCAAUGGAGUCCUAUCUAUGAUGUUGCUGCUAUUCUCACCUCCAUCCAGUCGUUGCUUUGCGAUCCAAAUCCGAACUCUCCCGCAAAUUCAGAAGCUGCGCGGGCAUUCAGCGAAAAUAAACGCGAGUACAACAGGAGAGUGCGAGAGAUUGUUGAGCAGAGCUGGAAUGCUGACUAAAUUGGUUAUAUCAUAUAAUAUAUCCAUGUAAUAAAAAUGUACUUUAAGACUUAUUUUAUUUUAGACGUUGUACUAUUUUAUAUGUAAAAUAAAUACAUGUUUUGGUUUUCUUUCAAUUUAGGAUUAAAUUUAGGGAACACUGCAAAAAUGGUCCUUGGGGUUUGCACUUUCUUUGGCUAAGGUCCAAAAAAGAUUGAACUUGCAAAAAUAGUUUCUUGCAAGGUGUGGUUG